AAAACAACGACGCGUAGCUGGUAUCCAUCCAGCUGUAAUCAUUAUUUUAUUUUCUUGCCGCGCACGACACUUCAGCACAAUAUCAUAACGCAUGCAGAUCCUGGGCACCAAGAACACUGAAAUCAAAGUGUAAUAGCUAUAGCAGAUGACAGAAAAGGCUCAAUAUCCACUCCAUCAACAACAAGCCAUUACAAUACCUUAAACAAACAGGCCCCGGCUCACAGCCAAAAUGAAUGCGCUGCGUCAGUUCUAUAUGGAGAUUCCCGUAGUGACACGGGCCUACACCACGGUCUGCGUGCUCACCACACUGGCGGUGCAUCUGGAUCUGGUGUCCCCACUUCAAUUAUACUUCAAUCCAACGCUGAUAGUGCGCAAAUUUCAGGUCUGGCGCCUAGCCACAACAUUCCUUUACUUUGGUACAAUUGGCAUUAGCUUCUUCUUCAACAUGGUAUUCACAUAUCGCUAUUGUCGGAUGUUGGAGGAUGGCUCCUUCCGUGGGCGAAGUUCAGACUUUGUUAUGAUGUUCAUAUUCGGUGGUGUGCUGAUGACUUUCUUUGGCAUUUUCGUUAAUUUGUUGUUCCUGGGACAGGCGUUUACAUUAAUGUUGGUUUAUGUGUGGUCUCGACGAAAUCCUCUGGUGCCUAUGAACUUUUUCGGCGUUCUCAACUUUCAGGCGCCCUAUUUACCUUGGGUUUUACUGUGUUGCUCCAUGAUUCUGGGUAAUACGGUGUGGGUGGAUAUUAUCGGCAUGGGCGUCGGACAUAUUUACUAUGUGUUGGAGGAUGUCUAUCCACAGUUAUCAAAUGGAUACAGACUGAUUAAGACGCCAUACUUCCUAAAGCGACUUUUUAACGAGCACAUUGAACGCAACUAUCAAGCAGCUGCUGAGGAUCGACCCGGUGGCUUUCUUUGGGGCGACGAAGGUCAACCAUUGCUAAAUCCGCCCGAUCAGGAACAGGAAGGCGGAGAGCGUCUAGCACAGCCGGCAGCCGCACCGCCGCAAUAACAAAAGCAAAGGCAUUAUUGUUACUAAGUAAUACUAAUUGUUUUUGGGCUCGCCUUACACAGCAUUUGACGACGAUGACAAAGUUUGUACCCCUCCGCCACCAACAACAAAUAAGAAAUGCACUUGGUGCUGCCUAUCAAAUUAGUAACGGCAAUUAGACAUUUAUAUAGGCACAAUUAACAGCGAUCCAUUUUAUGGAGUAACGCGGCGUGCAAUAGUUAGCCAAAGUUAAUUCAAGUGUGUGUGUGCAUGAAUUAUUAAUUAUUAUUGGGUUUCUAUAGAGUUCCAUUACGCAUUGAUUUUGUCUCUAA